ACCCACGCUGCCCAAACAACAACUGGCAUCCAUCAUCCAACUUCGCCUUUGUUCUCCACACGCCAGUCGCCGCUCCUCGCGCGCUGGCACACACACACAAAAGACAACACAAUGACAACCAGCAUAACUGACGCGCGCUUCACGCACCUCCACGCGACCGAGUCGCACAUCAUCGCCCUGCUAACCGACGACCCGCCAGAGCACGGGUGGUCCGUCAUGCCGGGGUUUGACGAGAACGUAAUCUUCAGCCCGUAUCUCGAGCCGCCGCGCCUCGACGCCGACGAGACGCUCCCGAGCCAGGUGCACCCUAGCUACCCAUACGGGAGGCCAACGACACUGGGCCAGGGGCACGCGCAGCCUGUGCGCGCGGCGGCGGGGAACCACCUCUCCGCGGCGCACCGCGACGGCCUGGUGUGGGACGAGCUCGACCUCGAGGGCGUGCUCGAGACGCCGGACGGUGGCGAGGUGCCGCCCGUCAUGGCUGGAUCAAAGCGCCCCCCGUCACCAUCAUCACCAGCCCUCCGACCCCACCACAUCCCCCUCCCCCGCUCGCUCCAUCUGCGGCACUACCUCGAGCGCCAGCGGCACGCAACCCCGCCAGCGCCGGCCGACCCAUUCGACGCGCCGGUCCCCAACGAGACUUACGCCGAGGACGACCCGGAUAACCCCAACGCUGCCGCAGUGCCAGAGGUACAGGCCGAGCCUGAGCCCGUCGUCGUGAGCGACGACGACGAGUAGCGCGGCAGGCGUGAGCAUCACGUCGUUCCAGUAGACAGCAUCCCACACAUACCCUGCACUUUCAUAUCCCUCUGAUCAUACCCACCCCCACCCCAGCCAGCCAAACCAGACAUGAUGAUCCCACCCAAUUGUCAUCCUUAAUCCGAGGGCUACAAAGCCCAAGGACGGAGAACAGGGCGCCCUCCGGGAGCGGAAGGGACUGAUCUGGCAUCUGGCUGGCAUGGUGCGCAUGGCUUGUUGUAGAUAGACAUGUACGCUUGAAGCGAG